CGUUACAUUUGCCCGCUCUUCUCUUGCCCGCAGUAGCCAUGGCGGCCAUGAGUUUAUUGCAGCGGGUUUCGGUCUCUGCAGUGGCCGCUCUGUCUGGCCGUCGCCUUGACGCUAGACUUGUAUUCGGGGGCUUCCUCACCCGUGACUUUCCGAAGACUGUCGCUCCUGUGCGACACAGUGGAGACCAUGGGAAAAGACUGUUUAUCAUCAAGCCUUCUGGAUUCUAUGACAGACGUUUUUUGAAAUUAAUGAGAUUCUACAUUUUGUUGACUGGGAUUCCAGUAGCAAUUGGCAUAACUCUGGUGAAUGUAUUCAUUGGUGAAGCUGAGUUAGCAGAAAUUCCAGAAGGCUAUACCCCAGAACACUGGGAAUAUUUCAAGCAUCCUAUAUCAAGAUGGAUUGCCCGAACUUUCUUUGAUAGUCCUGAAAAGAAUUAUGAAAGAACAAUGGCUAUCCUUCAAAUUGAAGCUGAAAAAGCUGAAUUACGGUUAAAGGAGCUGGAAGUACGAAGUUUAAUGCGUGUAAGAGGCGAUGGUCCCUGGUAUCAGUAUCUGACCAUUGAUAAGACACUUAUUGAUCAUUCUCCAAAAGCAACUCCUGACAACUAAUCUUUUAUUUCUCUAAAUACAAAGUAUAUUCUCUUUAGGCAAAACUAAAUUACUAGAUAUAUUCUGUAUUUUUUCUGUGUGAUGAAUAAAAUAUCCUGUUCAUUGCUCUAUUUCUCAA